ACUCUUCAAUCGCAAUUCGAUCGGUGUGGUCUUCAAAUCUCGAAUCCGAAUUCAAAUUGAUCCGUAGAUUCAUGGAUACUCAUCCAAUCAUAUCCAUGGACACUGAAUUUCCCGGCGUCGUCGUCCGCCCUGACACCUCCGAGUUAACUUUCCAUAACCGCGAUUCCACCGCCCAUUACUCGGUGCUUAAGGCGAAUGUCGACGGCCUUAACCUAAUUCAGGUCGGACUCACUCUCUCUGAUGCUAAUGGGAAUCUCCCUAGCCUUGGGAGUUCUGAAUUUUACAUUUGGGAGUUUAAUUUUAGUGAUUUUGAUGUUUCUCAUGAUAUUCAUAAUCAUGAUUCGAUUGAGCUUUUGCGCGCGCAAGGGAUUGAUUUCGAUAAGAAUAAGAAAUUCGGUAUUGAUUCGGCUAAAUUUGCUGAGUUGAUGAUGAGUUCUGGACUUGUUUGUAAUGAGGAUGUUAAUUGGGUUACUUUUCAUAGCGGUUAUGAUUUCGGUUACCUUGUGAAGGCAUUGACGCAGCGCGCUUUGCCUGAAGGUCUCGCUGAUUUUCUGCUUUUGGUUAAGGUUUAUUUUGGUGAUAGUGUUUAUGAUGUGAAGCAUUUGAUGAAAUUCUGUGAUGGUCUAUUUGGUGGUUUGGAUAGGGUUAGUAAGACUCUGAAUGUCGACCGCGCUGUUGGGAAAAGUCAUCAGGCUGGUUCUGAUAGUUUGCUUACUCUUCAUGCUUUCCGAAGGAUUAAGGAGGUUCAUUUUCGCAAUGUUGAAGAUGAACUGAUCAAAUAUGCUGGUGUGUUGUAUGGUUUAGAAAACAUGGUGUGAUGAAUGGAUAACAUUGUUGUAGAUUGUUUUAUGUUUAUGUUCAACAUAAAGUGAAAAAUUUUAUACAUUUGGGGUUAUUAAUGAAAUUGGAUGAUAGAUUUUCACCUAUUCUUUGAAUUAUAUGUCUUUGCCCCUGCUUUCCUCACUUGUGCGGAUUUUCGGUAUUACUCUUUUUGAAAUUUAUCUUUUGAAACUUUUGUGUGUUAUGUGCUAAAGUAGGAUGAGCUGUGAAUAAAUACUACUAAUUAGAAUAUGGUAAUGAGUUUGGAUGGGAAUGAUUUAGAUUAAGAUUUUGCUUUUAAUGCUCAUGCAGUGAUCAAUUGUAAGUUCUUGCUGCCGUUUUUGCUUGAAAAUACAGACUCAGACUGAGCUAGAAAGUUUUGGGUUUGGGUGCUAACCAGGAAAUACAUAGUUGCAUGUCUAUUUUAUUAAAUGGAGUUUUCAUAAAAGAUACAGAUUUCAUUCUUUUUUAGGAAAUGAAUUUUUCUCUUGUCCAUGUAGUAGCUAAUCCUUUGCUUGAAUGGAAGCUAUAGACGAGCUAAAAUGGUUUGUACCUUCCAUAAAAUAAUAUUCGAUUUGUAUGUUAUGGUAUGACAAUUAAAAAAAUAUUGUGUGGAAUAAUGAGUGAUAGAACUAGAACUUGCAUGAUAUUUAAUGUAAUGCCCUAAUGUUGAGUGAUUAAUGAACUAUCUAUAAUGAUUUGUUGACAUAUCAAGUUAGAGUAUAGUAUUCUGGUAAGUGAUAUUUUAAUAGAUCAGUUUGGGAAUGCUUUAAUGUAAGUUAGAGUAUAGUAUUCUAGUAUAGAAUUUGCAUGAUAUUUAAUGUAAUGCCCUAAUGUUGAAUGAGGAAUGAACUAUCUAAUGAUUUGUUGACAUAUAAAGUUAGAGUAUAGUAUUCUGGUAAGUAAUAUUUUAACGGAUCAGUUUGGGAAUGCUUUUGGAUUUUACUAUUACUUCUAGUUUGUGCUACGGUCAGAACUGUCCGGAUAAUUUCAAGCUUACUACAAGUGAGAAUGUCUCUAUGAAAUCAAAUUUAGGUUGUUGAUGAAAUCCUAGUGGGUACUAAUUUGUGGUAAGUUUGAAAACUAGGACGCACCAAUUCAUUGUUUGAUCUGCCGAAAGUUAUGAAUUAGGAUACCUAAAGCACUCAGCAAAAAUGCUUGUAGUGGAUGGAAGGAAACAAGUUGAUAAAGUGAGACGGCAUGAACAAAACUCAAGAAAUUGCCCCUGCUUUCCUCACUUGUGCGGAUUUUCGGUAUUACUAUUUUUGCAAUUUAUCUUUUGAAACUUUUGUGUGUUAUGUGCUAAUGUAGGAUGAGCAGUGAAUAAACACUACUAAUUAGAAUAUAGUAAUGAGUUCGGUUGGGAAUGAUUUAGAUUUAGAUUUUGCUUUUAAUACUCAUGCUGUGAUCAAUUGUAAGUUCUUGAUGCCCUUUUUGCUUGAAAAUAUGGACUGAGACUGAACUAGAAAGUUUUGGGUUUGGGUGCUAACUAGGAAAUACAUAGUUGCAUAUCUAAUUUAUUAUAUAGAAUUUUCAUAGAAGAGGCAUAUUCAAUCCAUGUAGUAGCUAAUCCUUUGCUUGAAUGGAAGCUAUAUAUGAGCUAAAAUGAUUUGCACCUUCCAUAAAUUAAUAUACGAUUUGUAUGUUAUGGCAUGACAUUUAAAUAAAUAUUGUGUGGAAUAAUGAAUGAUAGAACUAGAACCUGCAUGAUAUUUAAUGUAAUGCUCUAAUGUUGAAUGAGGAAUGAACUAUCUAAUGAUUUGUUGACAUAUAAAGUUAGAGUAUAGUAUUAUGGUAAGUGAUAUUUUAAAUGGAUCAGUUUGGGAAUGCUUUUGGAUUUUACUAUUACUUCUAGUCUGUGCUAUGGUCAGAACUGUCCGGAUAAUUUCAAGCUUACUACAAGUGAGAAUGUCUCUCUGUAAUCAAAUUCAGGUUACUGGUGAAAUCCUAGUGGGUACUAAUUUGUGGUAAGUUUGAAAACUAGGAUGCCCCAAUUUGUUGUUUAACAUAUGAUUGGAUGACCAUAUGAGCUAGUUAGCAAAUCAUCAAACUCGGAAACAUGAAUGAUAGCUGAAAAUUAAAGAAGCAUAAUCAGAAAACAAGAAUGGAAAAGAAGAUGUAAGUUUUUUUUUUUUUUGAAGUUGGAAAAUUAUAUUCACUGGAGAGAGGUAGACAGGUGUGUUCUGUUGCUACCGCAGAUGAAAGGUUUACAAGUUUUUCGCUAUUUAUUCUUAUAAAUUAGUAAGUUGCUUACAAUUUUUCCUACAUGUCCAGCAGUUUAAAAUUUAUUGUGGCUCAUUUUUUUUUGUAAGUGGCUGUCAAUUACUCUUCUUCCUAACAGAUAUAUGGAUAAUUGAAAUGAUAAAUAUUUUAUUUUGAAGCAUUUUAUUAUUUUCGUUGUUUGUAGAUAUAUGAAGAAAUUCUCAUGUAGAUUAUGUCCUUUUUAAUAUUGGUAGAGUACCAAUUAAUUUAUUAAAACAUAAACAUACUUGGCAAGUGAGGCACAACGGAAACUAUUAUCAUGUUGGUACCCAUCAAUUAACAACAGUAGACAAAAAUAGUUGCUUCUUCUGCACAUGGUGCGAUGUUUACUGAAAACUGUUGUUUUACGUGUCCAAUGUAUGUUCAUUGAUUUAUAAAUUUAUUUCUAUGGUAUUUCAGACUCACCUAUUUAAGGUCUAUUUCAGUAUUUGGAUUCUUACUAUGUUUUUAAGUUGCAAUAAUUGCAGCAUAAUUGAAGAGAGUGUAAAUGGAUGAUAUGAUUCGAUUGCGACAUGUUUCUUGGAUUUCGGAUGGCUUCUAAUUUUUUGGUUGCAAAAACUGAAUAAUGGAAGAAUAUGGCAUAGUAAUAUGUCCAUUCAUUUGCAACAUGUUUCUUAGAUUUGGGACGACUUCAUCAUUGGCCUGCGAUGAAGACUGCAUUUUGUGUUGCGGAGCAUAUAUGUUCUAGAUUGUUCUUCUCUCAAAGCAUGAUAAUCUCAAAACCCUCCUCUUCCAUUGUAAUUCGAUCGGUGUGGUCCUAUAACCUUGAAUCAGAAUUCAAGUUGAUUGGUUCAUUAGUCGAUUCCUAUCCAAUCAUCUCCAUGGACACUGAAUUUCCUGGCACUGUCGUCUUCCCUGACACCACAGACUUAUCCUUCCAUAACCGCGGUUCCGCUGCCCAUUACUCUGUGUUGAAGGCCAAUGUCGACGGCCUUAAUCUUAUUCAAGUUGGAAUGACUCUUUCCGAUGCUAAAGGGAAUCUCCCAAGCCUCGGAACAUCUAAAUUUUUCAUCUGGGAGUUCAAUUUUUGUGAUUUUGAUGUUUCUCAUGAUAUCCAUAAUCAUGAUUCUAUUGAGCUUUUGCGCGGUCAAGGUAUUGAUUUUGAUAGGAAUAAGAAAUUCGGUAUUGAUUCAGUGAACUUUGCUGAGCUGAUGAUGAGUUCUGGACUUGUUUGUAAUGAGGAUGUUAGCUGGGUUACUUUUCAUAGCGGUUAUGAUUUUGGGUACCUUGUGAAGGCAUUGACGCAGUGCGCUUUGCCUGAAGGUCUUGCUGAGUUUCUGAUUUUGGUUAAAGUUUAUUUCGGUGAUAGUGUUUAUGAUGUGAAGCACUUGGCGAAAUUCUGUGAUGGUCUUUAUGGUGGUUUGGAUAGGGUUAGCAAAACUCUGAAUGUUGACCGUGCUGUUGGGAAGAGUCAUCAGGCUGGUUCCGAUAGUUUGCUGACUAUUCGUGCAUUCCGAAGGAUUAAGGAGGUUCACUUUGGCAAUGUUGAUGAUGAACUGAUCAAGUAUGCUGGUGUGUUGUAUGGUUUAGAAAACAUGGUGUGAUGGAAAUAUGUUGUAGAUUGUUUUUAUGUUUAUUUUCAACAUAAAGUGAAAAUCAUAGACAUUUGGGGUUAUUAAUAAAAUUGAAUGGAUUUUCAACUAUUCUUUGAAUUAUAUGCCUUUGCACCUGCUUUUCUUUCUUGAGUAAAUUUUUGGUGUUAAUAUUUUGAAAUUUUGAUCAAGUUGCUAGGAAUUGACAUUUUAAAACUAGAGUGUUAUUACUGAUGUAGGAUGAGUAGUGAAUAGCUACUAGUACUACUAGUUAGAAAUAGAAUACGGCAACGUGUUGGGAAUGAUUUAUAUUUUGCUCUUAAUGCUCAAGCGUGAUCAUCAACGGUAAGUUCUUCAUGCUGUUUUUUACAUAGUUACAUACCAUUUAUAAAAUAAAUUUU